CGGAGCAAAAAGAGUGACUAUUUGCGGGUGGAGACUGCAAGAAAUUUAAAUCCCCCGGGUUGUACUCGACACUUUAAAGACGAAUUAACAGUCUUUUAUUUGUUUAUUUAGUGGAUUUUUUAGUACAAUUUCAUGUAGUAAAUGUCAGAUCUAUAGGGCGUCGUUGUUAAAGUUUUUGAGGGUCUUUUCACUCUCAGUGAAUUGCCAUGGCGGUGGAAGCGCGGCCGGAGCUGGUUGGGAAGCGGUUCCUAUGUGUCAGUGGAGACGAGCCGCUGGUUCUCGGGGAUAUCGGGCGCUGGGGCUGGCGAGCCGGGGUCAUCCGAGCGGUUACUCACCGAGACAACGACAAUUCAGAGUUGACGGUGUACGUGGAGUUUGACGACCUGGAGUGGGAGAAGCGUGAGUGGGUCAAAGUUUACGAGGACUUCCAGGUGUUCCUGCUUGAGCAGCAGUUGGUGUGGGCCAAGAGGAGCGAGGGCUCCGCUCUGGGAGGCAGCCACCAGGGGCCUAAAGCCAAGCAGAUCCAGUGGCCGGCUCUGACGUUCCGGACGCUGGUGGGGAGAUCUACUCUGGGUUCUACCACAGCUGUUGAGUUCCUCUCUGACCGACGACUCGACUUUCUCUCGGAUGGCGCAGCUUGCCAGCCCUACCAGGAUGAAGUGGACAGUCUGAGUCCUGUUCUCAGAGAUAACCCUCAGCUCCAGGAAGAGGUUAGGUUCUGGCUCAAAGAUCAGAAGGUUCAGGAAAUUUUUAUGCAAGGCCCAUAUUCAUUAAAUGGCUACCGGGUUCGUGUUUACAGACAAGACUCAGCGACUCAGUGGUUCACCGGGAUCAUCACACAUCACGACCUCUUCAGCCGCAACAUGAUUGUGAUGAAUGACCAGGUCCUAGAGCCACAGAACGUUGACCCCUCUAUGGUACAGAUGACCUUUCUAGACGAUGUUGUCCACUCACUGCUAAAAGGAGAGAACAUCGGCAUCCAGUCCAGACGUAGAUCACGCUCAAGCAACAACCAGAACAACUCUGCCCACCAGACGGCAGGAGGGAGAACCAGCGGCGCCGCAGGAAGAGAGCAGGGCCACUAUACUCGUGCCCAAGCCAACAGCCCCAGACCAGUGAUGAACUCGGCAGUUGGAGCGGUGAAGCAGGGGUCGGUGGUGGCCCCGAAUCAGCCGGCCCAGGCUCAGUACUCCCCCAGCCAGGGGCAGACCCAGGGGCAACGCGGCUGUCGCUCCUCCAGGAGGAAGGGAUCUGACAGCAGCGCCCCUGACGACGACACCAAGGUCAAAGAGGACAAACUGGACGGCAACGAGAGAGCCGGGAGAGACAUCUCGAGGAGUAAGGGCAACAAACAGACCGCUGUGAACAAGCGGAGGAAAGCGGAGGAGGAGGAGAAGAAAUUGGAUUUGAAAAGACUGAAAACAGAGCGGACGGUGACGUCUGACUUCUCUGAGAGCAGCGACUCCGAGGUGUCCACCAAGAGAACCACCACCGCAGAAUCCUCCUCUUCCUCCGAGCACAACUCAGAGGAGGAGCUGAAAGGAAGGAGGAGCACUUCUAAGCCUUGCCAUCAGGGGGAGGACCAUAAAAUCCAGGGUUGUACGAUUAGGGAGGAGCCUUCUCUGAUUGACCGUCUCUCCCCCUGGGGGGAGGAGCUUAAGAAGGCAGAGUCUCAGCCGGCACGGCAACAGCCCCCUCCCCUGUCGUCGUCUACUUUCUCCCUGAGCUCCGCCCCCUCCGAGGUCCUGGGGGGUUGCAUCAUUGAGGCCAACAGCACUGUGAAAAGCCCCUCUCAGAACCAGCCCAAGGACCUGUACACCAGCUCUGGGGGGGCUGCAAGCCAUGCGCCCUCUAAGUGUGUGUUGGACAUCACAGCAGUGGACGCCAACCUGGCCUCCCAGGAGAACUCUGAGGCCGUCUCCGCCCUGCUGGCGUCCCAGAAUGCAUCUGAGCCCUCGUACAUCCCUGAGCCCAGCAGACAUUUGGUGCUAAACCCCUCCAUGACCCCUCCGUCUCCGUCUCCUUCGCCCACUCCCCUACGCAAGAACCCGUCGGAGGGUAACCCGAGGAGCGCGCCUGUGUCGGAGGAUCAGCAGGAGGCGGCGCGAAGCCUGGGCGGUAAGAUGGACUUGGUCCGACCGGUCACCUCGGUCAGUGAGACUGCUGCCGUGGCCGAGAGAGAGAGGGUUCAGCCACAGCUCCACGCGUCCGUGGUGCCAUGCAUCAGGAACGCCUCAUUGGCUGACGAGGCCAGGAAGUCUCACAAGCCAAGCCCCUCCCCGGACAUCCCCAAAACGAAACCCCUCCCCUCGCCUGACGCCGUCAAAUCUAAAAUGCACAGUGUCCCAGAGACGGGGUGUAAACCUAAGCCCCUGACCUCCCCGGAGGUGUCCAAACAUAAAGUCCGUCAUCCGGACAACCCCCCACCGGCACCGCCCACUAGUCGCUCCGUACUUCUCAAACCUGAGCCCGAAGCCACUCCCCCUCGCUCAAGCUUCAAGCCGGUCCCGGCCCGAGGGACGACAUCGGCGCCGGAGGCCACUAAGAGCCCGCUGAUCAUCGACAAGAAUGAGCAUUUCACGGUGUACCGAGACCCUGCACUGGUCCGACCCGAGCAGGAGUCCAACCACGUGUCCUACCUCCACCUGCACCCGCUCCACACCACUUCCUCUGGCCACCACCACCCCUCACACCUCCUCCCCUCCUCCCACGCACAUCACCAGGUUCACCACCCCCACCUCCUUCCUGGAGUGCUCCCUGGCCUGCCCCCGGGCAGCCUGCUGGGGGGUCACCCGCGUGUGGACUCCUCCGGCCUUGGGCACCUGGGCCUGGCUCACCAUCACCCCCAUCAGGUCCAGCAGCACCAGGCCUUCCUUCAGCAACACCAGCAGCCCCCGGGCUCCCUGCUGGCCCAGACACACAGUCACUCUUCAGCCUCCUACAACCAGCUGGGCCUCUACCCCAUCAUUUGGCAGUACCCUAAUGGGACCCACUCCUACCCCCCAGGGCUCAACAUGCCCGGGUCCAAAUGGGUGCACCCAGAAAAUGCGGUGAACUCCGAGGCUAACGUGAGGAGGAACACGGCCAGUCCCUGGCUGCAUCACCAGCACCCGCCCGUGUCGUCCUCUGACAGCCUGGGCUUGCUGAGCCACGUGCCAGUACGACCGGCCAGCGCCGACCCCCACCGGUCAGAACCACACCGAACCAUUAAGAUCAAUCCGCACGCCAGCCCCCCUCUGCCUCUGUCCAAGACCACUGGAGAACUGCACAAAGAAGAGCUGGAGAAAAAGGGUUUUGUGGACCCGAUCAGAACCAUCACACUGGCCCACCUGAAACAGGAGCGGGACCGUAGCAGGACCCCGACCGGGAAGGACGGCCACCUGCACCGCCUCUACCUGGAGGCCCACAAACAGCAGAGGAUGGCCCAGCAGGAGGCGGGGGAGCGGGCCAGCAAAUACAAGGAGGAGAACAGGCGCAUCCUGCAGGAGAGCAUCGAGGUGGCCCCUUUCACCGCUAAGAUCCGCUCCGGCGAGACGGACAGGGAGCCCCCGUACUCCCGCGUCCCCCCCCUGCCCCCCCAGCCACCGCCCCACCCCAGCCCCAAGGGCAACGAGGCGGACCGGCCGGGGGCAGAGCGCUACGGGUUCAAGCAGCACGCCACGGCCCAGCACCACAGCCUGCCGCAGAGCAACUACUUCACCACCCUGUCCAACAGCGUGGUCAACGAGCCGCCGCGCCUCUACCCGUCCAAGGAGCUCAACUCCUACUUCGAGAAGGUGACCAGGGAGCAAGGGUCAGCCGCCGGCCCGGGGGGAGGCGCCGCGUUCGGCUCCAAGUCCCUGUCCAAACCCCCACCCCUCAUUAAACACCACCCGGAUGGGGAGGGCCUGGUGGGGAAGAUGUCGGAGCAGCUGUCCCAGCAGGUGGGGCUGUCCUCGAUGCAGCACCACCCGCUACACACCAUCGUGAGCCCCGCCAGUGAGAGGAGGAGCCCGGCCAUGUCCCCGUCCUCCAGCCAGCUCCAGAACCAGCUGCGGUGCAUGCCGGCGCUCCACCGAGCCCCCGUCUUCCACCCUCCCACUCAGCAGACACUGGACAGGAAGGAGGUGGGCUACGGCCGCCUUUCCCCGCCCACCCUGACCCCGAUCCAGCCGGUCAGCUCCGCCAGCAAGGUGUCGGAGCAGCAGAAACCCCCCACCCUGCUGCCGGAGCUGCGAGAGGUCGGCGCGUUGUGUAAGGUGUCAGCGGAGACGACGGCGGCGGCAACGACGACGACGGCGGGGGCGUGGCACGCCGGAGACUCCCGGGUUCACGACCAGCCGGGAUGGCACUCCGAGCGGAGCCGCGGAGGGAAACCGGGGGCCGCCACGGCGUCCGUCAUCGUCCGGCCCUCUACGUGCAUAAAGUACGAUGGCUCGCCGGGCCCCAGGACCGCCCCGCCGGCCAAGGAGCCCGCGUCGGGGAGGCUGUUCCCGGCGGGCAGGACCCAGACGGACUGCCUGAAGCCGGCCGAAGAAAGGGAGAGAGGCAGGGAGUCUGGAGGGAGGGUGAUCCUGCCCAACACUAACCUGGAUGAGUCUGGCUGCAUGCAGCAGUACAGGAGGACCCUGAUGAGAGCCUCCCCGGCUGCUGUCCCAGCGGGUGCCGCUCUCCCGGCCGCUCCCGACCCCGCGUGCAAUAUGAGGAGCGACGUUCCCACGGCAACCCCCGCCGCGGCCUCCCGCGGCAUGCCGUGUAGGGGUGGAGAAGCCGCCUAUUGUGCGUCCGACGCCUCCAUCGCCAGCGGCCCCCGGGUCGGGCCUUUCCACACGGGGCCCGGGGCUCAGCUACAGGAGGGCUGCUCCUCCAGGACCUCGUCCCCGAGCCUGCACGCCCAGCCCGGCCCCAGUCCCGGCUCCAGCCAGUCGUACUCAGGGAGCUUCAUCCACCUGAAGAAGCACAAGGCGGUGCUGGCAGCCCAGCAGUCCAGAGGUCCGGGUAGCGGGGGCGUUAGUGGUCCCGAAAGCCUGUCGGAACCAGCCGGUGGUAAAGCUCCCCACAGCUCCCCUCCACCUCCCUCCUCCUCCCAGGACCCCUCCACCAACCCUGCGGUAUGUAAGGCCAGCCCCAAUCCCGGCCCCAGCCCGCUUCCCAACGGCCAGCCGGUCCAGAUGAGCCAGAACCCGAACCAGAGCCAGUCUCAGCCCAACUACCACAAGCUGAAAAAGGCGUGGCUCACCAGACACUCCGAGGAGGACAGUCACCGGAGCACCGUGGCCGUCAUCAAGACGGAGAAGCUGGAGAAACCGCCGGCCUCGGUCAGCCCCGCCGUGUCCGAGAUGGAGAUGAUCAAGCCGUGCACCGUCGCCCUGAUCGCCUCCACCUCCGGCGAUGUGGAGAUGAAGAUGGAGGAGGUCAAGGGUCAGGAGGACAAGACGACCCCGGAGGACAGGAAGACGCGGCGGGGGAACAAGAGGACCUACGACCACGACUCUGCCACGGAGAGCGGGGAGGACUCGGACGCCAGCGAGAGCAGCAAGCAGGAGCAGCGGGCCAAGAGACAGCCCAAGCCCACCUACAAGAAGAAACAGAACGACCUGCAGAAGAGGAAAGGGGAGGGAGAGAAGGACGAAGAUGACAUGAAGCCCAAUGGGAUCUUCAGGAGUGCCAGAGAGAAGACUAAGCUGAAACUGGCCAGCAGCAAUGGUAUCCCUCGCUCAGUGCUAAGAGACUGGAGGAAGGUGAAGAAGUUGAAGCAGACAGGGGAGUCCUUCCUGCAGGAUGACUCAUGCUCUGAGAUCGGACCCAAUCUGCAGAAGUGUCGGGAGUGUCGCGUGGUCCGCAGCAAGAAGGGGGAGGAGCCGGCACACUCUCCUGUCUUCUGCCGCUUCUACUACUUUCGCCGUCUGUCCUACAGUAAGAACGGUGUGAUCCGUGUGGAUGGCUUCUCCACUCCAGACCAGUUUGAUGACGAAGCUCUGUCCCUCUGGGCUCCCGACGUGGAUCAGGAGAACCAGCUGGACCCGGACAGCUCCAAGUACAUCCUCUCUUACAUCGGAGACAAGUUCUGCCAGAUGGUCACCACCGAAAACACUGCAGCUACCUGGAUCAAAAAGGAUGCCCAGGUGGCGUGGAAGAGGGCUGUCAGAGGGGUGAGGGAGAUGUGCGACGCGUGCGAAGCCACGUUGUUUAACAUUCACUGGGUCUGCCAGAAAUGUGGGUUUGUCGUUUGCCUGGACUGCUACAAGGCAAAGGAGAGAAAGAACCCCAAAGACAAAGAGCAGUACGUCUGGCUGAAGUGUGUCAAGGGACAGCCGCACGAUCACAAGCACCUGAUGCCAACACAGAUUAUUCCAGGAACUGUUCUGACAGAGCUUGUGAGCGCCAUGCACAUGUUCAGGGAGAGGUACAACAUCAAGGCCCAUUGUGCUUGCACUGCCAAGCCCAACACGCUGCUCAACAAACUGCCCACUACCAACGGAGUGUCCCAGGUUCUCCAGAAUGUGUUGAACCACUGCAACAAGAUCUCUCUGUGUAAUGUGAAGACCGAGCCUGGCCAGUUGAUCCCAAGUCAGGGAAAACCAGAGACCAACGGCGGCUCCAGCCCCACGUCCGACACCUCCUCCGACCCCAAGCUGACCCCUCCGGAGUCCCAGAGUCCUCUCCACUUCCUAGCUGACUUGGCAGAACAGAAGUCACGGGAGGAGAAAAAAGAAAACAAGAAGUCUCCGGUGGGGAAGACGGUGAAGGAGGAGGAUCACCAUGAUGUCAGCGCCCUGGAGUCUCUGCACUGUAAGGCUUCCAGUCUGGUGUCAAACAGCUCAGAACAGGGCUCCACGUUACGGGACCUCCUCACUACCACUGCCGGCAAACUACGCAUGGGCUCCACCGACGCCGGCAUCGCCUUUGCGCCUGUGUACUCCACUGCAACGCAGACGGGGAAAAGUGGGCGCAGCAUGCCCAACAUCCUGGAUGACAUCAUAGCGUCAGUGGUGGAGAACAAGAUCCCAGCCAGUCGAGGAGCCAAGCUGAGCCUGAAGCUGGAGGCCACCGCCACAACCACUGCCGAGGAGAGGGAGGUGAGACCGGAGAAGACAGAGAGGAAGAGGCAGUCUGGGCCCGGGGGUGUGCCAGAUGAGCCCCUACCUGCCAAGCCCCAGGUGGAGAAGACCCCGCCGCCCCUGGCUGAUGCCCCCCACCACUGGCUGUACCAGCACCGCCUGCUCUGGCUCAAAGACCACCGGCACCCUGGCAACCGGAAGCUGUUCAGGGAGUGUUGGAGACAAGGACAGCCUGUCCUGGUGUCAGGGGUUCAUAAGCGUCUGAAUGCUGCUUUGUGGAAAGCAGAAAGCUUUAAUCAGGAGUUUGCUGACCAUCAGGGAGACCUUGUCAACUGCAAAGAUGGCAUCAUCUCGAACUCUGGCAUCAAGGAGUUCUGGGACGGAUUUGAGGAUCUCACCAAGAGACCCAAGUCUAAAGAUGGUGAAACCCUGGUGUAUCGGCUGAAGGACUGGCCGUCAGGAGAGGAAUUCAUGGCCCUGAUGCCCUCCAGGUAUGAUGACCUGAUGAGGAACCUGCCCCUACCAGAGUACUCAGACCCUGAGGGGAACCUCAACCUGGCCUCCCAUCUACCCAGCUUUUUUGUCCGCCCAGAUCUGGGUCCCCGUCUAUGCUGUGCUUACGGAGUGGCUGCCUCCCAGGAGCAGGACUUUGGGACGGCUAACCUGCACAUGGAGGUGUCAGACAUUGUCUCUGUCCUGGUCUACGUGGGCGUUGCCAAGGGGAAUGGAGUCCUGUCCAAGACUGGAGUGCUGAAGAGGCUGGAGGAGGAAGAUUUGGACGACAGUGUGAAAAGAAGAUUAAAGGAUUCCAGCGAGACGCCUGGGGCCUUGUGGCACAUCUACGUUAGCAAAGAUGUGGAGAAAAUUAAAGAGUUUUUGCACAAGGUUGCUAAGGAGCAGGGGGUGGAGGUUCCGGCGGAGCAUGACCCAAUCAGAGAGCUUAGCUGGUACCUGAGCAGGAAGUUGCGUCAGCGGCUGUGGGAGGACCACGGUGUGCAGGGCUGGACUGUGGUCCAAUUCCUGGGGGACUCUGUCCUAAUCCCUGCUGGAGCCCUACAUCAGGUGCAGAACCUUCACAGUUGUGUCCAGGUGAUAAAUGACUUUGUAUCUCCGGAGCACGUGUUCCACUCAUUCAACCUGACACAGGAACUUAGAUCCUCCAAAGAAGAGUUCAACUAUGAAGAUAAACUCCAGGUAAAGAACAUCUUGUACCACUGUGUGAAGGAUGCAGUGACAUCACUGAGGAGGUUCAGCCAGAAGGAGCAAGAGGAGGAGGAAGAGGAGAAGAACUCAUGACCAGUUGUCUCCCUGGCACCUCCCUCUCUAGAGCCUCUGCUCCCUAGAUCCCUAGAUUCACCUGGAACAGAUAUAUGCACACUAACCACAGCAGCAUCAACCUCCAGUGCCAAGCAGAGUAAAACACUAAGCUGUUCAUCACCUUACUGACCAGUAUCAUGACCCAGAGCAUUAUCACAGCAUUAAGAUACUGACCAGUAUCAUGACCCAGAGCAUUAUCACAGCAUUAAGAUUCUGACCAGUAUCAUGACCCAGAGCAUUAUCACAACAUUAAGAUACUGA